UGUGGCUGUGGCGGCGGCGGCGGUGGUGGCGGCUGUGGUAGUGUCGGCAGCAGGCUGUCCGGGAAGCAGAAGCAGCAACGGCAGCGGCAGCGGCGGGCCCGAGGAGAGUAAGGCGGCCGAGUCGGCAGCCGCUCCCGCGUCAGGCGGAACCUCGAACUGCCCGGCGGUCGCAGGCGCCGAGGCAUUUGUCGUUUCCGACCGGGCUCUGCGCUCCCGGCCCUGGCUGGGCAGGGCAGAGUGCCCCUGGGGAGGGGCGGAGCCGUAGAUAUGGCAUAAGAUAUUUCUUCAAGAUUGGACAGCUGGUGACCUGCUAUUUCUGACAGCCUUAAGCUGACUUUAUAGCCAUAGAGAAACCUCACAGACUUGUAUUGUUGUUUUCUGCUCAUACCAUUUCUGGCACCUAAGUUCACCCUGCAACCAUGUAUGGAAGUGCUCGGUCAGUGGGGAAAGUGGAACCAAGCAGCCAGAGUCCUGGGCGAUCACCUCGGCUUCCUCGGUCCCCUCGCUUAGGUCAUCGGCGAACAAAUAGCACAGGAGGGAGUUCUGGAAACAGUGUUGGAGGUGGCAGUGGGAAAACCCUUUCAAUGGAGAAUAUACAGUCCUUAAAUGCUGCCUAUGCUACAUCUGGCCCUAUGUACCUAAGUGACCAUGAAAACGUGGGUGCAGAAACACCUAAAAGCACCAUGACACUUGGCCGUUCUGGGGGACGCCUGCCUUACGGUGUUAGGAUGACUGCUAUGGGCAGCAGCCCCAACAUAGCAAGCAGUGGGGUUGCUAGCGAUACCAUAGCGUUUGGAGAGCAUCACCUCCCUCCUGUUAGUAUGGCGUCCACUGUACCUCACUCUCUUCGUCAAGCAAGAGAUAACACCAUCAUGGAUCUGCAGACGCAGCUAAAGGAAGUAUUAAGAGAAAACGAUCUUUUGAGGAAAGAUGUGGAAGUAAAGGAGAGCAAAUUAAGUUCUUCGAUGAAUAGCAUCAAGACCUUCUGGAGCCCAGAGCUGAAGAAAGAGCGGGCCUUGAGAAAAGACGAAGCUUCCAAAAUCACCAUUUGGAAGGAGCAGUACCGAGUUGUGCAGGAGGAAAACCAGCACAUGCAGAUGACAAUCCAGGCUCUCCAGGAUGAGCUGCGCAUUCAGAGGGACUUGAAUCAGCUGUUUCAGCAAGAUAGCAGCAGUCGGACUGGGGAGCCUUGUGUGGCAGAGCUCACGGAGGAGAACUUCCAGAGGCUGCAUGCUGAGCACGAGAGGCAAGCCAAGGAGCUGUUUCUCCUGCGGAAGACCCUGGAGGAGAUGGAGCUGAGGAUUGAGACUCAGAAGCAAACCCUCAAUGCUCGGGAUGAGUCCAUUAAGAAGCUUCUGGAGAUGCUACAGAGCAAAGGACUUUCUGCCAAGGCCACAGAGGAAGACCAUGAGAGAACGAGACGGCUGGCGGAGGCAGAGAUGCACGUCCACCACCUAGAGAGUCUUUUGGAGCAGAAGGAGAAGGAGAAUAAUAUGUUGAGAGAGGAGAUGCACCGGAGAUUUGAGAAUGCCCCUGACUCUGCCAAGACAAAAGCCCUGCAAACCGUUAUUGAAAUGAAGGAUUCAAAAAUUUCUUCCAUGGAGCGUGGGCUCCGAGACCUGGAAGAGGAAAUUCAGAUGCUGAAGUCGAAUGGGGCUUUGAGCACAGAAGAGCGGGAGGAGGAGAUGAAGCAGAUGGAGGUGUACAGGAGCCACUCUAAGUUUAUGAAAAAUAAGGUAGAGCAACUGAAGGAGGAGCUAAGUUCCAAAGAUGCUCAAGGGGAGGAGCUGAAAAAGAGAGCGGCUGGUCUUCAGUCUGAGAUUGGCCAGGUGAAACAGGAAUUGUCCAGAAAGGACACAGAAUUACUAGCCUUACAGACAAAGCUAGAAACUCUGACGAACCAAUUCUCAGACAGCAAGCAGCAUAUUGAGGUGCUGAAAGAGUCCCUCACUGCUAAGGAACAAAGGGCCGCCAUCCUGCAGACUGAGGUGGAUGCUCUUCGAUUGCGUUUGGAAGAAAAGGAGACGAUGCUGAAUAAAAAAACCAAACAAAUUCAAGAUAUGGCUGAGGAGAAGGGCACACAAGCUGGAGAGAUACACGACCUCAAGGACAUGCUGGACGUGAAGGAGCGGAAGGUCAAUGUUCUGCAGAAGAAGAUAGAAAAUCUUCAGGAGCAGCUAAGAGAUAAGGAGAAGCAGAUGAGCAGCCUGAAAGAGCGAGUCAAGUCUCUGCAGGCAGACACCACCAACACCGACACAGCUCUGACGACGCUGGAGGAGGCCCUUGCAGAUAAAGAACGAACAAUUGAACGCUUAAAGGAACAACGGGACAGAGAUGAGCGAGAGAAGCAAGAGGAGAUUGAUACCUACAAAAAAGAUCUUAAAGACUUGAAAGAAAAAGUCAGCCUAUUGCAAGGAGACCUCUCAGAGAAGGAGGCCUCUCUUUUGGAUCUCAAAGAGCAUGCUUCUUCCCUGGCUUCCUCAGGACUGAAAAAGGACUCACGGCUCAAGACCCUAGAGAUCGCUCUUGAGCAGAAGAAGGAAGAGUGCCUAAAAAUGGAAUCACAGUUGAAAAAGGCACAUGAAGCAACACUGGAAGCCAGAGCCAGCCCAGAGAUGAGUGACCGAAUACAGCAAUUGGAGAGAGAGAUUGCCAGGUACAAAGAUGAAUCCAGCAAGGCCCAAACAGAAGUUGACCGUCUCUUGGAAAUCUUGAAAGAGGUGGAAAAUGAGAAGAAUGACAAAGAUAAGAAGAUAGCUGAGUUGGAAAGUCUCACCUCAAGGCAGGUGAAAGACCAGAAUAAGAAGGUAGCGAAUCUGAAGCACAAGGAGCAGGUGGAGAAGAAGAAGAGUGCGCAGAUGCUGGAGGAGGCCCGGAGGAGGGAGGACAGCCUCAGCGACAGCUCUCAGCAGCUGCAGGACAGUCUCCGUAAGAAGGAUGACAGGAUUGAAGAGCUGGAAGAAGCACUGAGAGAAAGUGUACAGAUAACUGCAGAGCGGGAAAUGGUGCUGGCACAAGAGGAAUCAGCCAGGACCAAUGCUGAGAAACAGGUGGAAGAGCUGCUGAUGGCUAUGGAGAAGGUGAAGCAGGAGCUGGAGUCCAUGAAAGCUAAGCUGUCCUCCACCCAGCAGUCUCUGGCAGAGAAGGAAACACAUCUAACCAACCUCCGGGCAGAGAGAAGGAAACACUUAGAGGAGGUUCUGGAGAUGAAACAAGAAGCUCUUCUGGCUGCCAUUAGCGAAAAGGACGCUAACAUAGCCCUCCUGGAGCUCUCCUCCUCGAAGAAAAAGACCCAAGAAGAAGUGGCCGCACUGAAACGGGAAAAGGACCGCCUGGUGCAGCAGCUCAAACAGCAGACACAAAAUCGAAUGAAACUAAUGGCUGACAACUAUGAAGAUGACCACUUCAGAUCCUCCCGUUCCAAUCAGACGAACCAUAAACCCUCCCCAGACCAGAUCAUCCAGCCCCUUUUAGAACUUGACCAAAAUAGAAGCAAGUUAAAGUUGUAUAUUGGACACCUGACAGCCCUCUGCCAUGACCGAGACCCCUUAAUCCUCCGUGGACUCACUCCACCAGCUUCCUAUAAUGCAGAUGGUGAACAGGCAGCUUGGGAGAAUGAGCUGCAGAAGAUGACUCAGGAGCAGCUUCAGAACGAGUUAGAGAAAGUUGAAGGGGACAAUGCAGAGCUGCAGGAGUUCGCCAACACCAUUCUCCAGCAGAUAGCUGAUCACUGCCCUGACAUCCUCGAACAAGUUGUCAAUGCCCUGGAAGAGUCCUCCUGACAUGCCCCAAGAAAGGUGACCAAGGAGCCAGAGAGAACCUGAGGAACGGGUGUCUGAGCCGCCCCAUCCCAGACCCUGCCAGCUGGGCGUGCCAGUCCAGCCAUCUGUGUCUGUCUCUGCCUUGCGCUUUGAAUGCUGCCUGCACACGUCUCCUGGUCUCCAUGAAGAACUGCCCUUGGCGUCAGCAGUGGAGGGCUGGGGGUGCACUCCGCCCUUCCAGAAACAGGAAGCAGAAGCCCACUCAGGUUCUGUGCUUUGAAAGCUUGGAGCUGAAGCAUUAGCAUGAGUGCUUUCUCCUCGGAGGGUAGAGAAGGAGGAGGGGUGACCAGGGAUAACGAGAAGAGCGAGUGCUCCUCUCUGCGUCAAGCUGCCUCGUGUUUACCAUGUUUACCGCCAUGAACCCCAGGUACAGGCUGGCUUCAUGCAGCUUAGCUCUUGGCCUGUUGCCUCUCUCACCUGCACUGCUUUUAGCUGACAGGAGGAGGAUGUUCACAGUGGUCACCCAUCUCACGCUUCUUUAAGGCCUUUGACCUUCCCAUGCUGCACGGUUAGGUUAAUGUCUGACUGAAGAGAAGAGGACUUAAUGUACAGGGCCUGUUAUCACUGCUUGCAGUUUUGCUCCUCAGAAGAUGUCCCGGAGGGCCAGUCUGAUUCCUCCUGAACAUUACCCACAAUGCUCUCUGCUCCCACCACCUUACCCCAAGCUGCUGUAGAACAGGGGUUGCUGGUGUCUGUGAUCCAUCCUACCUUCUCAGCUCUACUCUUAAGGAAUAUUCUCAGAGCCACAGCCUCUUAGCCUGCCUAGAAACUGAGUUUGUCUUAAUUCACACCCAUUCCCUCCUCCAUUCAUUCAUUCAAAAAUGUCAUGAAAUGCCCACUGUAUACACAUCAGUGUGCACGGUGCCCAUCCUUGGAAAAGGCUCAAAUAGGGAUGGUGUGGAAGUCCCGUGAGACAUGCUCAGUUGAAUCAUGGCAGUGAACUCAUACCUUCUCCCUCUUCCCAGAAACAUCCUUCAUACCAGCAUUCUUUGUUCUCCACUCUCAUGGCAUCUGUGGGCUGGGUGAGCCACCUCUUUGCCGGGAAGAUCCCAUUUGGCAGGUCAGGAUUUUUGCUGUCAGUGUUAUUGCCCUGAAACAUGUUCUGUUAAGGAACUGUACAUGCUCAUUUGUGUCAGCUGACUGCUUAACACACCCAUGCGCGCUUCAUGGACUUAGCCAGCGCUGUGCUGAGCUCAGGCAGAGCCAGUUGAAUGUCUCGGCAUUUUGCAGACGUUCCCCCAGGUAUAGAGGACAGCUACCAGACAUAGUCAGGCUCUACAAGAGUGCAGCUCAUGUCCAGUUCUUCAUCCCUGAAGCAGACGCCUGACGCUGCU